GUGUGCCACCACCUCUCGGCUGUACUGUGUUUCAAAUAUGCUGACAAUGAACCACCUGCAUCAGACUCCCCAAGUCUGGUCCAGGUUGACAAAGUCAACCUGGACUGAGUUUCCAUUCUCAUCUCUUCAUGGGUUCACUUCCCUGCCUGGAAACCUGCUGGGUCCCCUUCAGCCACCCUUGAGCAGGUGGUCCUGAGAGAUGUAACAAAGGAAGCUGAGAAAGCCAUGGAGAUCAAGCCACUAAGCAACAUUGGUCCAUGGCCUCUGCCUCAGUUCCUGCCUCUGGGUUCCUGCCCUACCUCAACUCUUGUCUUGGCUUCCCUCGGUGAUGGACUGUGAAUGGGAUGUAUAAAACAAAUAAGUCUUCUCUUCCCCACGUUGUUUUUGGUCAAGGUGUUGAUCACAGCAGCAGAAAACUAACCAGGACUAGGGGGGAUCAUCAGUGUCUCAACAGUUGAGAUCGAAUGCUUUCCAGAAGCUCACAAGCACAGCUCCUGGACUUCUGACAUCCUCUUCCUUAGGCCUGUUUGAGCCCACUUUCUGGGUUGCCACACUACUGACGAAAAGGACGUGUGCAGCCCAGCAGGUGCCUCCCCUCUGUGGCGCAGUUAGGGUCUAAUGAUGAGAAGCAGGAACAGGAGAGCAGUGUUGGGGCUACCAGGAUCCCGUUUUACAUGUCCAGGUACAGCUUGGGCAGGGAGAAGGCCACAUGGGAGGGCCUUCUUUUGAUUCAGAGAGCCCAGACCCUUAUUCGGGAUGUGUGAGUCAAUAGUGAGUUGCACAGACCUCUCACUCAUAGCAGAUGUGCGUAGGGGAGCAUGGUACAUCUCAGGGAGGCCAAGUGUGCUCAGUGAGAGGUGCGGGGAGAAGAAAUCAGGAAGAGAGGUAGUAGGCCUUCUACGAGAGCCACUCCAGAGCCUGCUCUCUCCUCAGUCACAUUCUAGCUCUUGACCUUUGGUUUAUGAUUAUCCAGGAGCCACCCAAUGAGUUGCCAGGCUGAGGCUGCUCCCCAGAGCUGAGGCAAGUUCUUGCAGAUUUUCUUUGGAUGCCAUUUAGAGGCCGAGACUAUCCUGAACACUCUCAGCUCUGUGGUACCAGGGCUCAGGAAAAGCGUGAAAGAGAGAUCUCAUUGUCUCUUGUGACUGCUGAUAUUUGAGAUCCAGAAGUAUCUCCAUGGCUCCUUAUCACAUCCGCCAGUACCAGGAGAGGGACCGCAAAAGGGUCCUGGAAUUGUUCUCCAGGGGCAUGAAGGAGCAUGCCCCUGCCACCUUCCGCCACCUGCUGAAACUGCCCAGAACCCUUCUGCUCUUACUUGGGAUGCCUCUUGCCAUAGUCCUGGUGUCUGGCUCCUGGCUCCUGGCUGUUGUAUGCAUCAUCUUUCUGCUUCUAUUCUUGCGGUUCCUUGCCGGCCAGCCCUGGAAGGAUUAUGUGUCCAUGUGUUUGCACACAGACAUGGCUGACAUCACCAAGUCCUACCUGAGUGUGUCUGGCUCAGGUUUCUGGGUGGCUGAGUCUGGGGCACAGGUGGUGGGGACAGUGGCUGCUCGGCCGGUCAAGGAUCCCCCAUUAGGGAGGAAGCAGCUAGAGCUCUUUCGCCUGUCUGUGUCCUCACAGCAUCGAGGACAGGGGAUAGCAAAAGCCCUGGUCAGAACUGUCCUCCAGUUUGCACGGGACCAGGGCUACAGUGACCUUGUCCUUACGACCAGUGUCAUACAGCAAGGUGCUGUGAGCCUCUAUGAGGCUAUGGGAUUCCAAAGGACAGGCCUAUUCUUACUGGAUGGCAUUGUUGGAAGAAUCGUUGAUUUUUUUAUAAUUCGUUUCGCGUACCCUCUCCCUUCUGCUCAGGAACCCAGACUUUGAUCUGAUUUCUUUCCAUAUCUGUCAGGCUCUAUUUCACUGUACUGUAACAAGGAAACCCUGAUAUUUCAGUGGACAAAUAAUAAAGGCACAUUUGUCAGGCCCUUUG